UCCCAAAAAGCGAAACAAAGAUGGACGUCGAAAAAAAUGAAUAUUUUCAGAUCAUAUCCAGUGAUGAUGGCGAACUUGAACCUAAAAGCAGAUCAGACAAAAAAGAAAAGAAACACAAGCACAAACACAAGCAUAAACACAAGCACGACAAACAUGCUGGAGACAAACAUGCAGGUGACAAACACAAGCAUAAACACAAAAGAAAAAAAUCCAAGAAUGUGUCAGAUAACGAAGAGUCAGAUGUAAGAGUCAGAAAAAGGGCUAGGAUUGAAGCUUUGAACACUUACGACUCUGGAAGUGAGGGUUUGGAUGAAUCUGACUUGGAUAAACUGGAAGCAGCGAGAGCUGCUCUAAGGGCGGAAUUGAAUGGUGAGAAUGAAGAUUCCAGAAAUGAUUAUGCGGGUGAAGACCAAUUUAAUAAUUAUCACAAUCAAUAUAAUGACACUAACAAUGGUGGAACCAAUGAUGCCUUCAGGCAAGGCAUUGGUCUUGCAAUCACUAUUAAAGGGGAUUCUCAGGAUAACAGCAGGUUAGUUUCAGGCAAAGCCAAAAAGAGUAGAAAGUUUACAGAGGAGAAAGUUAAGGAAGCUGUAGGUAGGUCUGGUUCUAUAGGUCUGAUUGCAAGUUAUGGUUCCAAUGACAAUAGUAUUUCUGAGGAAGAAGGUGAAAUUCAAAAUGAUCUCCACGAUGAACUGCUAGAAUAUGCUAUUAACGAAAACAAGAGUGACAGGAAAUAUCCAAAACCGGGUAGAAGAGAGCGCUCAAAAAGUAGUAAGGAUGAGGCAUUUAAAAGCUUUGAAAAGGAAUAUGAAGAAAUAAAGAAAAGAAGAGAAAAAGAAAAAGAGCGCAAGAAAGAAAAGAAGGACAAGGAGAAGAAAACUGACAAAGAGAGAAAGAAAGAAAAGGAGAAGGAAUUAAGGCGCAAGGAGAAAGAAGAGUCAAAAAGGAGUCGAGAGAAGAGAGGAUCAGACAAGAGCAGUGAAAAAGAGAGGUCCAGGUCAAAAUCCAGAGCAGAAGAUGCCAAAGCAGCUGAAUUGGACCGAGAACGCAGACGGGAGGAAGAACGCAUCCGGGAAAGAACGCGGGAGCGGGAACGAGACAGGGAGAGGGAACGGGAAAAAGAGCGGGAACGUUUAAGGGAAAGGGAACUGGAUCGGUCACGGGAAGUCAGAGAGCGGAGUCCACGAGGUAGAGAAAGAAGCCCCAGGGACCGGCCAAUAAGCCAGAGUAGGGACAGAGAUUUCUGGAGACAGUCGCGUGAUCGUAGGAGCAGGUCCCGCGGGCGACGGAGCAGAUCACGAGGAAGAAGAAGUCGGUCAAGGGAUAGAAGAAGGGGUGAGAGAGAUGAAGACAAAUUUAAGGGCAGUCUGUCAGAGGGGCUUUUUGUGAAAAAGGAUCAGUCAGAUGAUGAUUUAGAAGUGACAGACAUAGACCCAGAUGAUGAGGAGGACGAGGAGACCUUGAUUGAGAGAAGACGCCAGGAGAGGGAAGCCCUUCUUGCUAAACUGAAGGAGGCAGAGCCUGUCCCAGAACCUGAGCCAGCCGUCCCUGAAGAGCCUGAUCCUGUUUUGGAGCCAACCCCUCCAGAACCAAGCCAGCAUGGAAUCAGUGUCGAGUUCCCUCCAUUACCUCCUACUUCAGAACAAGGCACAGAAGCGCCAGGUCUCCAACCAUCAGAAGGGCCUGCCAGUCCAGAAGGUUCAGACAGCAAUGAUUCCUCCUCCUCUUCCUCCUCCAGUGACUCAGACUCUUCCUCGGAUAGUGACGAUGAUGAGGUCAAGCAAUCAAAGGAGGCAAAACGCAUACAGGCGAUGGAUCGAGCAAUCAGAGAAAGCGUGAAGGGAAGUGAACACAUCCUUGAUGAGGAUGAGAGAAGUUUGUCCCAAGCCAGAGAUAGAGAGGGAAUCUCCCAGGCUAGUGAUAGCGAGAGAAUGUCCCAGGCUAGGGAUAGAGAGAGGAGUAAAAGUAAAGGCGGUCAGAGAGACAGUGCUGAGAGAUUGGAAGAGAAGAUAUCGAGAAAAAGUAGGAAAGAAGAAGUGAUUUGGGUGGAGAAGGUUAAGACUGAGGAGGAUAAAAGUAGGAGAAGAGGGAAGGAAAAAGAUGUUGAUAGUGAUGAUGAUGAGAGGUAUGAAAAAAGUAAGUCAAAGAGAAAAUACAGUGAUAGUGAGAAUGAAGCUAGAAAGAAGAAAGAUAAGGAUCGGAAAAGUAGGGGGGAUAGUGAGGAAUUGGAGAGAAGAUAUCAAAAGAAUGACAGAAAAUAUGAAGAGAGAAGAAAGGAUGAUGAGACAGAUAAAAAAAGUAAGUCGAGACAUCAUAACUCUGAAAGUGAUGAUGAACUAUCUAGAAAAGAUGGUAGAAGGUCUGGUAGAGAUAAAGACAGAGAUAGGAGAUCUAAGCGAGAUGAUGACAGAGGGAAGGAAAGAUCAAGAAGAGAUGAAAAAGGAGAUGGUGACAGGAAAAGAGAUGAUAAGAUCGGGAGGGAAAGUCGGGAUGGAAGGCGGAGGGAUGAUAAAAAGAGUUCAAGAUAUGAUAGUGACGGAGAUGAUAGAAGAGAUAGGAGAAAACCUUCAAGAAGACAUAGUAGCAGUGACUCUGAUACAGAAAGAAGGGAAAGACGCAGUAAAAAGGAUAAGAGAGAUGAUAAAGAUAGUAAGAAAGAUAAGAAGGAUAAGAAGAGUGAAGUAGAAAAGGUUAAGUCAGAAGAAGAUAAAAGUAUGAGUAUUUACGAUGAAGGAGAAAACACCACCGACUUUGAGGAAACAGUAAAGCAGAAAAGAAUGUCCUUGGAAGGAUUCAGCCAAGGGGAAAAUGGAGAUACAACAGAAAAGAAAGAAGAUGGGAAGAGUAGAGGUGUGGACAUGUUUUCCGAGGAUGCUGACAUGUUCGCUGAGGACUACUGUAGCCCGAACCUGUCGGCCUUGAAGACGGGGAAGAAUGAGAACCCAAACCUGAUGGACAACUGGGACGAUGCCGAGGGAUAUUACAGGGUGCGUAUUGGAGAGGUCCUGGACAAGCGCUACUCUGUGUACGGCUACACUGGCCAGGGUGUGUUCAGUAAUGUGGUUCGAGCCCGCGACCAGUCACGCAGCAACACAGAGAUCGCCAUCAAGAUUAUCAGAAACAACGAGAUGAUGCACAAGACGGGUCUGAAGGAACUAGAGUUUCUCCGUAAGCUGAAUGAUGCUGACCCGGACGACAAGUUCCACUGUCUACGACUCUUCAGACAUUUCUUCCAUAAAAAUCACCUCUGUCUUGUCUUUGAAUCCCUCAGUAUGAACCUGCGUGAGGUAAUGAAGAAGUAUGGUAAAAACAUUGGCCUGCACAUCAAGGCUGUACGCAGCUACAGUCAGCAGCUCCUGUGUGCCAUCAAGUUAUUACAGAAGUGUAGUCUCCUCCAUGCUGACAUCAAACCGGACAACAUACUGGUGAACGAGUCCAAGAUGGUGUUGAAGCUGUGUGACUUUGGCUCGGCAUCCCACGUGUCAGAGAAUGACAUCACCCCGUACCUUGUCAGCAGGUUCUACAGAGCUCCAGAAAUCAUAAUUGGGAUAGGCUAUGACCAUGCCAUAGACUUGUUCUCAGUGGGGUGUACCAUCUAUGAGCUGUACACAGGGAAGAUACUGUUUGCGGGAAGUUCCAACAAUGAAAUGCUCAAGUUCAUGAUGGAUGUUAAGGGGAAGAUCCCUAACAAGGUGAUCAGGAAGGGUAUGUUUAGGGACCAGCAUUUUGACAGCAACAACAACUUCAUGUACCAUGAGGUGGAUAAAGUCACGCAUAGGGAGAAGAUAACGGUGUUGUCAACCAUUGCACCAUCGCGAGACCUGUUGGCGGAGCUGAUUGGCUACCAGCGCCUUCCAGAGGACCAGCUUCGCAAGGUUAAACAGCUCAAGGACCUACUGGAAAACAUUCUCAUGCUCGACCCGGCCAAACGCAUCCCUAUCAAGGGAGCACUCACGCACCCUUUCAUUACAGAAAAGAUUUGAAGAGUGUGAUCAUGGAUUUAAGAGAUAUUCAUGAAGAAACUUAGGGUAGGAGGCUUGUGUGAUUAUUGAGUAAUGUAAAGUACAUAAGUUAUAUCUGCGAUGUUACAUGUGUGGUUUUUUAUAGCUAGUUGGAAAUAUUCUUAGAAAGGAUUAUGAAAGGUAGAGUAUUAAUAUUUCUUGUUUUGAAAUAGUUUGAAAAAAAACUGCUUUGUGAUGGAAAAAAGAAUGAACAGUUUAA